AUGUUUAGAUUCCAAUCUUGGAAGUGCUGUAUGCUGGCUGACUUCCAAAUCAUAGUAUCUGCACAAGUUAAUCAGAACUUGAUCUGUGGUGGCAUUCCACAGCCCUCCCGAAGAACAGAAAUCAUACGAUUCAUAUCAAUCAUAACGGCGGUCACGUCCCCGUUUAUUAUAUUACAGGGUCUUUCACGGUACCUAGUGACGAAAUUCUGGUGGGAUGAUGGGAUUAUGUUGAUUGCAGGCGUGCUCCUAAUACCCUUGUCUGGUAUCCCAUUAUACAUUGCUACCAAGGGAUUUGGAGACCACUUGUGGAACGUUCCGCCUGAGAACAUCCUUAUUCUACAGCAGCUUUCUUACGUUUCUGCAAUCCUCUACGCUUUCUGUAUCACGCUUCCUAAAAUCUCCAUUCUUCUUUUCUACCUACGAAUAUUUCCCAAUAAAAAGUUUCGCCUUUUAGUAAAGAUUGCCAUUGCAGCAGUCAGUUGUGGAGGUCUGAGCUUCACCUUGGGGGUAAUAUUUCAAUGCUCACCUGUGCGCGCUGCCUGGGAUCUGACUGUGGAUGCCAAGUGCAUCAAUUCAAAAGGCAUCGUAUUUAGCGGAGCUACUAUUGCGAUUGUAGAGGAUUUCUUGAUUAUGUUUUUCCCGCUCCCGUUACUGAAGGGUUUGAAUCUAUCUCUGCGGAAGAGAAUUGCUUUAGCCUUCAUGUUUGCCAUAGGAUCGUUGUGA